UAAUAAUCGGGCCUAAUGGAUCACUUCUGAGAUGCACGGUGUGCGUAAAUGACACUUAUCACGAUCAAAAUAAAUGGACUGGUUGUAUGUUUGGAUUUAUCAUCAGAUAUUUCAGAUACUAAGGAAUCCAUAUUACAUAUGUCGUAUAACGUAUGAUGUUUGGAUAGACGGGAUUCACAAUAUAAUGCAAAUGAAUUCGUGAAGUUGUGCCGCAAAUUGGAGUAGCAAGAUUGAGAAUCUCAAGGAUAUUGGUGAAAAAACACAAUAACGAUCAAUCCGACUGGUAUUUCCAUGGAUCUGCCAAUUUGGGUCCUCUUUCUCACAGGAAUCGGAGUCCUGCUAUUUUUGGUCCUCGUUGGCAUAGGAAUAUACCAUCUUGCGAAAUAUCUUCUAGAGAGACGUAAAAAACUAAAAGAACAACAGUCUUUUGAGAAAACGUAUAGGAUUAACCUAGGAGACUCUAUAUUUGAGGAAAAUCCUAUGCCAUUUCUUCCGGAAUAUUGGAAUAAACGUCGGAAAAAAGAAAAAAGUAAGCCGUGGGUUGAUUCAGAGCAAAGUGAUCCACAACAUCAAAAAUAUGAGGAUAAUUUUGAUGAAAUAUUUAGGUGCGGUAAAUCUCUUGUUCCCGUCCGAUCAGCUCAUCGAGCUAAAAAAUCAACCGAUUCGGAAUUGGAUCACCUUACACCAACGACGAGCGCACUCGAUUUGGACAGAUCCAGCCGUACCCCUUUAAAACAAGCGGAUCCUUUGUGGUAUGACACUUCUUCUACAUCAAGAAAAAAUAUAUCAGAAUUUGAGGAAACAGAAUGUGAUGCUUCAACUCCACGCCAACUCGAUGACUUGAAUUUUUAUGGUCGUAUGGACUAUGGUAGUAGAAGUCUAAGUUCUGCUGACGUUCGGAACCUAAAGGAACAAUUUGAUGAAAGGCAAUAUCGGUCAACAGACCAAUUGAGCUCAUCCUUUGGCGAAUUUGGCGGACCAAAGUCAAGAACUGCAUCUGCAAUUGAUCUUAACAAAUCCCCAUCUCAAAUGGAUACAUCAAAGCCAUUUUUAAAAUUCAGUGUUAUUUUAGGGCCCGAUGGAAACAUUGGUGUGACACUUUUUGAAGUUAUAGACAUCCCAAGAAAAUAUCACAAAAGUACAUUUUACAUACGGGUGAAUUUCUUCCCCAAGGUCAAGAAACCCCAAACUACACGCUUUAUAAAGAUCUAUACAGAACCAAUCGCAGUUUUUAAUGAAUGUUUCGAGUUUUGUGGAAUUGAUCAGGUGGACCUUGAGAAGAGCAUUUUAAGAUUCUGCCUCAUGGCUCGAGAUAGUGGCGUUGGCAAAGACAAAAUGGUUGGUGAUCUUGUUAUAAACUGUUCUCGUCUAGAGUGGAGUGAGUCAUCGACUAUCUACUUUAGGCAGCUCAGCACAAAGAGGAUUAUGAAAAGGGGAACGACGUCCAGGAAUAUGAUGCAUAUGGAUUUGGGCAAGCUAUUCGUUGUGCUGCAGAAUCAACCACAAGCCAACCGUAUCAAAGUAUUUAUUAAGCGAGCAACUGAUCUGCCUAACGUGAACCUUGUCUCUGCAGUUUUACCAGAACACUAUGUGAUUGUUAAUCUACUUAAAAACUGUAAACACGUCACCUAUAAAGAAACCCGUGCACAGAAAGGACAAAACCCAGUAUGGAAUGAACCAUUUCUUUUUGACAUUUCAAACGAUGAGCUUCAUGAUUACUCAAUCGAAUUUAUCAUUAUGAGAGGACGUCUUUUCCACAAGGAUGGCGUUCUUGGACAUGUUGUUGUGGGUUCACGGAAUACUAAUAAGAGAGAAUGUGUUGUUGUUGGUUCUCGAACUACAAAUAAGAGAGGUAUUGAUCACUGGAACGAUUUCAUCCAUCCUGCUCACGGCCUUGAAACAGCCAAGUGGCACGAUGUCUUACCAGUUGUCAGCUAUAUAGACGACGAGUCGAAACAGCCAUUUUACUGA